CCCCCGUGCGGAUAUGCAAGAUGCCUUUAACCGUCUUGGCUCGAAGCGUCUGAGAGGAACGGGAGCUCAAGAUGAGAACCAACAAGGUGUACAAGCUCGUCAUCCAUAAGAAGGGGUUUGGAGGCAGUGAUGAUGAACUGGUGGUGAAUCCUAAAGUAUUUCUUCAAAUCAAGUUGGGAGAUGUUGUGGAAAUUGCACAUCCCAAUGAUGAAUACAGUCCCCUGCUUCUCCAAGUGAAGUCACUUAAGGAAGAUCUGCAGAAAGAAACGAUCAGUGUGGACCAGACAGUGGCGCAGGUGUUCCGCCUGCGGCCCUACCAGGAUGUCCAUGUCAAUGUUGUUGACCCCAAGGAGGUGACCUUGGACUUGGUGGAGCUGACAUUUAAAGAUCAGUAUAUUGGGCGUGGGGAUAUGUGGAGGCUGAAGAAGAGUUUGGUCAGCACAUGUGCAUAUGUCACCCAAAAAGUUGAAUUUGCAGGUAUCAGAGCCCAGGCAGGUGAACUGUGGGUAAAGAGUGAGAAAGUCACUUGUGGAUACAUCAGUGAGGACACCCGGGUGGUCUUCCGCUCCACUUCUGCCAUGGUUUAUAUUUUCAUCCAGAUGAGCUGUGAAAUGUGGGAUUUUGAUAUUUAUGGGGAUCUAUACUUUGAGAAAGCUGUGAAUGGUUUCCUUGCUGACCUCUUCACAAAAUGGAAGGAGAAGAAUUGCAGCCAUGAAGUGACAGUGGUUCUAUUUUCGAGAACAUUUUAUGAAGCAAAAUCUAUAGAUGAGUUUCCUGAAACACAUCGUGCAUCAAUUCGGCAGGAUCACGAGGGAAGAUUCUAUGAAGAUUUUUACAAAGUUGUAGUGCAGAACGAGAGGCGGGAGGAGUGGACCUCCUUGCUUGUGACCAUUAAAAAGCUUUUCAUCCAGUAUCCUGUGUUGGUACGACUCGAGCAAGCAGAGGGCUUUCCAUCAGGUUACAAUUCUACCUCAGCACAAGGGAACUACCUGGAGGCUAUAAAUCUUUCAUUCAAUGUGUUUGACAAGCAUUACAUCAACCGCAACUUCGACCGCACGGGGCAGAUGUCGGUGGUGAUCACGCCCGGCGUGGGCGUGUUCGAGGUGGAUCGGCUCCUCAUGAUCCUCACCAAGCAGCGCAUGAUCGACAAUGGGAUAGGUGUGGAUUUGGUGUGCAUGGGAGAGCAGCCCUUGCAUGCUGUCCCACUCUUUAAGCUCCACAAUCGCUGUGGCCCUGGUGACUCACGAAUGGGUGAUGACUACAAUAUCCCACACUGGAUAAAUCAUAGUUUCUACACAUCCAAAAGCCAGCUCCUGUGUAACAGCUUCACUCCACGGAUCAAGCUGGCAGGAAGGAAGCCACUGACAGAGAAAGCAAAAAAUAACCGUGAUGCCUCGUUAGGAGCUCCCAAGGAUGCUGAGAAUGCCUUGCCCAUCCAGGUGGAUUAUGAUGGCUAUGAUGCCCAGGUGUUCAGGCUGCCAGGCCCAGCCAGAGCCCAGCGCUGCACCACUUUCAGGUCGGUGCGGGAGCGGGAGAGCCGCACCAGGAAGAGCUCCAGCUCGUACGACGUGUCGAGCAGCCCGUCCCUGCCGGGCCGCGCGCUGCCCCCCGAGGAGGUCAGGAGCCAGGCCUCUGACGACAGCUCCCUGGGCAAGAUCUCCAACAUCCUCAUGAUCCCACGGCCCCACCUGCACCAGUGUGAAGUCAGCAGCUCCCUGGGCUACACCAGCACCAGAGAUUUCCUUGAGAACAUGUUGGAGUCGCAGCAGCGCGACUCCAGCGCGCCGGGGCGGUUCCACGUGGGCAGCGCCGAAUCGCUGCUGCACAUCCGUCCCUCAGGAGAAGCUAUCCAGAUCCAUCAUCAGACCCGGCAGAACAUGGCAGAAAUGCAGGGCAGUGGGCAGCAGGAUCUGACACAUUCCUCUGCAGAGCUGCUGGAGCUGGCUUACCAUGAGGCAACUGGCAGACACGGCAGCUCUCGGCAUCCGGGGGAUGGCGGCUCCUUCCUGAGCUUCGGCGGGGCGGAGGAGUUCGGGAACGGGAACGGGCUGGGGGCCGGCCCCGGCGCAGGGGUGAGCCUCAAAACUCAGAACAAGGAUUCCUUGGAAGAUGCUGUCUCUAAUUCUCCAGAUCCAAUGCCAGGCUUCUGUUGUACAGUUGGAGUGGACUGGAAGUCCCUGACCACCCCUGCCUGCCUGCCCCUCACCACCGAUUACUUCCCCGACCGCCAGAGCCUGCAGAACGACUACACCGAGGGCUGCUACGACCUGCUGCCCGAGGCUGACAUGGACAGGAGGGAUGAGGAAGGAGUGCAGAUGACAGCCCAGCAGGUGUUUGAGGAGUUCAUUUGCCAGCGCCUCAUGCAGGGCUAUCAGAUCAUUGUGCAGCCCAAGCCGCAGAAGCCGGCCCCGGCCGUGCCGCCCCCGCUCAGCAGCAGCCCCCUCUACAGCAGAGGUCUUGUGUCGAGAAAUAGAGCUGAGGAAGAGGAUCAGUACUGGCUGAGCAUGGGCCGUACUUUCCACAAAGUCACCUUAAAGGACAAAAUAAUUACUGUCACUCGCUACCUGCCAAAAUAUCCAUAUGAAUCUGCCCAGAUAAACUACACCUACAGCUUGUGCCCCUCACACUCUGACUCUGAAUUUGUCUCUUGCUGGGUAGAAUUUUCCCAUGAGAGACUAGAAGAGUACAAGUGGAAUUACUUGGAUCAGUAUAUCUGCUCUGCUGGCUCAGAGGAUUUCAGCCUGAUCGAGUCGCUGAAGUUCUGGAGGACGCGGUUCCUGCUGCUGCCCGCCUGCAUCAGCGCCACCAAGCGCAUCAUGGAGGGGGAGGCGCACUGCGACGUGUACGGCGACAAGCCCCGCUCGGACGAGGAGGAGUGGCAGCUCCUCGAUGGCUUCAUCCGCUUCGUGGAGGGCUUGAACCGCAUCCGCCGCCGCCACCGCUCCGAUCGAAUGAUCCGAAAAGGGUCUGCCAUGAAAGGCUUGCAGAUUGCUGGUCCAAUUCCCACUCACUCCCUGGAGCAGUCUGGACCUCCCAUUGGGAAAAAAGGAACCUCAGCACUCUCAGCUCUGCUGCAGAUGGAAGCCAGUCAGAAGACCCUGGGGGAGCAGCAAGCAGCAAUGCUUUCUGGGAAGAGCUCUGGCCAGCCUUCAGAGAGUGGGAGCAUUGCUAUCACACCCACCUAUAUGGACAGCCCUCGCAAGGAUGGGGCCUUCUUUAUGGACUUUGUUCGCAGCCCACGCACAGCUUCAACCUUCUACUCCCAGGUCUCUAUUGAUCAAUCAGUUCCUGCAGCCUCAGAUGGCAGCGCCUUGCUCCCCACAGGGCAGGUCCCGGACAGGGGCAGCGCCCAGGGGAGCGCCCAGAGCGCUGCAGAGCCAGGAUCCAGCACGGCUGCUGCUGCAGAGGGCAGCUCUCAGCAGUGUUCAACAAGUGCUCUGACUUCCUCCUCCACUUUGGUAGAGAUUCUUGAAGCCAUGAAACACCCCACCACAGGGAUCCAGCUGCUCUCUGAACAGAAGGGGCUCUCCCCCUACUGCUUCAUCAGUGCAGAAGUUGUGCACUGGCUGGUGAAUAACGUGGAAGGGGUGCACACCCAGGCCAUGGCCAUUGACAUCAUGCAGAAAAUGUUAGAAGAGCAGCUUAUUGUCCAUGCAUCUGGAGAAGCUUUACGAACCUUUAUUUAUGGCUUUUAUUUUUACAAGAUUGUUGUGGACAAAGAACCAGACCGAGUGGGGCUGCAACAGCCUGCCAUGUGGCACACAGCUGCCAUGGAUGACUUCUCAGCCUUCCAGAGGAAAUGGUUUGAGGUGGCCUUCGUGGCAGAAGAGCUGCUGCACUCGGAGAUCCCGGCGUUCCUGCUGCCCUGGCUGCCCAGCCGCCCCGCCUCCUAUGCAAGUAGGCACAGUUCCUUUAGCCGCAGUUUCGGAGGACGGAGCCAGGCAGCUGCACUCUUAGCUGCCACGGUGCCCGAGCAGCGCACGGUGACGCUGGAUGUGGAUGUGAACAACCGCACGGACCGCCUGGAGUGGUGCAGCUGUUACUACCAUGGCAACUUCUCCCUCAACGCUGCCUUUGAGAUCAAGUUACACUGGAUGGCAGUGACUGCAGCUGUUCUUUUUGAGAUGGUUCAGGGCUGGCACAGGAAGGCCACCUCCUGUGGGUUCCUGCUGGUCCCAGUGCUGGAAGGUCCCUUUGCCCUGCCCAGUUACCUGUACGGGGACCCACUCCGAGCUCAGCUCUUCAUCCCCCUCAACGUGAGCUGCUUGCUGAAGGAGGGCAGUGAGCACUUGUUUGAUGGCUUUGAACCAGAAACAUACUGGGACAGAAUGCAUCUUCUCCAGGAAGCAAUAGCACACAGAUUUGGAUUUGUACAAGAUAAAUACUCAGCCUCUGCAUUCAACUUCCCAGCAGAAAACAAGCCCCAGUAUAUCCAUGUCACAGGGACAGUGUUUUUGCAGCUGCCCUAUUCCAAGAGGAAGUUUUCCAGCGGGCAGCAGCGGCGCCGGCGCAACUCCACGAGCUCCAGCAGCCAGAGCCUGUUCUGUGAGGAGCGCAUCGGCUACAACUGGGCCUACAACACCAUGCUGACCAAAACCUGGCGCUCCAGCGCCACCGGCGACGAGAAGUUCGCGGACCGGCUGCUGAAGGACUUCACAGACUUCUGCUGGAACAAGGACAGCCGGCUCGUGACCUUCUGGACUGACUGCCUGGACAAGAUGCAUGCCAGUGCCCCCUGAGUGGGGCUCCCUCUCUUAGGGAGACAGCUAGAAGCUUUACCUUGUGGCAAGGAAGUAGAAGUGAAGUAGAAGUCUCUCUGUUGGAUUCAUAUUGAGGCUCCAAGAGGACCUGAGUGAUAUUGCUGUUGAUAUUCAACAGAAUUUGAUUAAGUGCUCGAAAAAAAAAGAAUUUGAGCUAUUGGCUUGCCGGUAUCUAUCACCUGUCCUUAGCUUGGUUUUAAGUAGCUACAGUCCUUGGUUGCCAAAACUUCAGUUAGAGCAGAGGUAAGGAAAGGAGAGUGCAAAUGGUUUUCAAGGGCAGUUGGAUUCAGCACAGUGUGAUGGUAUCAGCUUCCAGUCCCUGGAAACGGUUGGUGCCAGUUGGCAUCUGGUGUGCCUGGCAACAGUCUGUCUCUUCCCCUUCCAAGGUGUACCUGAUUGUGUGAAUAUGUAAGAUAAGAUAUGAGAGAUCCUUGUUAAAUUUUCAUACAUGUAAAUAAGUAAAAUGCAGAAAAUAAAGUGACCUGAUGUUUUGUUGUAACUCCA